UGACAUUUGCGUUGCAGCGCGGUUGCAGCCGUUGCAGCGUUGCGCGACUCGAUGUUUGCUUCUGUGUAGUCCUGUGUAGUCCGCCUUUACCGUUGCGUAGGUCAUAUGAUUCUGUCAAUCGGUCUCAGGCGAAAUUGACAAAUUGUCAGGGUGCGCCAAUUGUCAAUCCUGUCAACGAUUAGUGGGCACGUUUCACGUAUACGUAUGCGAGUGAGUGCGAACGGGAGUUAACGACGCAGGUGCUCCUCCUACGUGCUCCGAGAAAAUGUCACUUUUUGGAGUAGGCAAUCCCUUUUCUACGCAAGUAGGACAAAAGAUCGAGUCUGCUACAGAUGGUAGCUUACCCAGUGAGAAUUGGACGCUUAACAUGGAGAUAUGUGAUAUUAUAAAUGAAACCGAGGAUGGACCAAAAGACGCUAUUAAAGCUAUCAAACGCAGACUCAAUCAGGCAGCAGGCAAAAAUUAUACCAUAGUCAUGUAUACGCUUACCGUAUUGGAGACAUGUGUGAAGAAUUGUGGAAAACGUUUUCACACUCUUGCUUGUUCGAGGGAGUUUGUGCAAGAUCUAGUUAAAUUAAUCGGUCCCAAAAAUGAACCACCAACGGCAGUUCAAGAAAAAGUUUUAAGUUUAAUCCAAACUUGGGCAGAUACAUUCCGUCAUCAGCCACAUACUCAAGGUGUAGUGCAGGUUUAUCAAGAAUUAAAGGUGAAAGGCAUACAGUUUCCAAUGACCGAUCUGGAUGCUAUGGCACCAAUUAUCACUCCGGAAAGAAGUGUACCUGAAACAGAGCAAAUUCCGGCAAGCCUGACUACGAGCGAACAACCCACGUCUUUGGGAACGCAACAUUUAUCUUCUCAAACGUCACAGUCUACUGGCCAGUUAACUCAAUUGAGCGAACAACAAUUGGCCAAAUUGCAAAGCGAGCUUGAUGUUGUUCAGGGAAAUAUGCGCGUAUUAUCAGAAAUGUUGGCGCACUUUACUAGUCCAGACCAAAGUUGCAAGCAACAACCAGAUUCUGCGGAUCUUGAGUUAUUGAACGAACUUCAUUCCACAUGUAAAGCAAUGCAAGAACGUGUCGUCGAUUUGAUUGGUAAAUUGGCCCAUGACGAAAUGACAGCAGAAUUAUUGCGUAUUAAUGAUGAAUUAAACAAUCUGUUUCUUCGUUAUACGCGUUAUACGAAGAAUAAAAUGCAAGUACCAGCGAGCGCUAUAUUAGCCCAGACAAUUGCACAUCCACCGAACGCUGACUCGACACCACCCCUUACUAAGCGAGAAGCAGAAUCACUUAUAGAUUUAUCUGACGAUGUGGAUAAUUUAACAAAGCAGAUGAGUGAACUCGAUGCAGCUGAAGGUGUAGACAAAAACACGAGACAAAAGGAGAAAAAAGAAGGAGAUAGCGAUGAAUUUGAUAUGUUUGCGCAAUCGCGUAAUGCAACGUACGAAACAACAAAAAAUAGUGGCAGCAAGUAUGAAGAUAAUUUGGAGCAAGUGAGAGGAGGGAGCCUAAGCACGGCAAUUCUCAACCGCAAUAAUUCUAAAUUACCUCAACAGACCACUACAAGUGCUAGUAUACAUGUACUAAAUGAGCUCAAGCCGAACUUGGAAUCUGAAUUCAAUGAAAUGGCAGCCUGGUUAGAUCGCACACCUGGAGGACAAGGUGAUCAAGAAUCGUUAACAUCGUCGGAAUUUGAACGCUUCUUAGCAGAACGUGCAGCCGCGGCUGAAGCUUUACCAACCCUCCCUACAGCCACAACUGCCACCUCGAAUUCUUCAACUACCGGUAACCAGAACAUUCAGCGCCAAAUUAACAAAGAUCAAGACAAAUCUUUAUUCGCUCUUUAAGUACCUUGAAAUUGUCUGUUGUAACAUGGAAGGUUAAACUUUCUGGGACUGCCGUGUUACUUUAAACGGCACGUAUUUACGUUUUUUCCCUCCGAUUAAAUCAUGCUCCCGUCGACAAUUUAAAUUUUCGACAAUACAAAUUUGUAUUUUUAACAUAAGAGGCUGAAAUAAGUUAGAAAUACAAAAUUGAGGGAAAAGAUACACAUAUGAAAAAUGCUUUGUGCUUAUACGUACUUAAUAAGGUAACUGAUCUUUAUGCAAUCAUGUUUAAGAUACUGUUUCAGUUAUAAAAUUAUGAUCGUAUACACGUGUAAUGUAGAUAAGUUGCUUUAAAGUUGUUCUACGAACCAUUAUUACGUAAUGAUAGCAUGUUAAGGAUUAGUUUGUACAUAAGCGACACGAUGCGUCCAUAUCGAAAUACCGAGACUGUAUCGCAACAGGUUUUAUUAUGAUAAAUUUUGCCUCGAAGUCACGAAUCAAGCGUGCAAUUAGAUGAAAUUUUCGGAUUGAUACAUGGAUAUCUGGACGAAUAUCCAAUUGAAUAAUCGAACUUAUCUCUACAUAUUGAUAAACUAUUUUUCUAUGUUGAAGUAAAUUUUGUCUCAGCUGUUUAACAUUCUAUAUACAGAGAUACAUUUUACAGAUUUAUUAUUAUUUUUACUAUUGUAAUUCCUAUUGUAGAGAGACUUUGUAGAGACUUUACUAUUGUAGAUUAAUAUAAAUUAGUAGCAUCAAUUGAUUAUUACUGCUAUUAUUACUGCAGUUAUGUGUAAUAAUAUUAUAAAUGAGUAAUAUAUUCUGAAAUUAUUAUAAACGCAGCAGUAUAACGUUGUUGAUUAGAGAUUCUUUGACAUCCUAUGUUUACAGCUCUGGAAAAGAAUGAAAAACUAGUGUUUUUUUUAGCUUUCUCCUUCGGGAUUUUAUUAAUUGCCCUAACAUUUAAUAUUGUACUUCCUAUUUUACAUUUGCUUACGUUUUUACUCUAUUUAUGCAAAUAGAUGGCUAAAAAAAACAAGUACACCUGCGGUGCCUGUAUUAACUGAACUUACAGUUAAUAAGGAUUAUCUGUACUCUUCACUUACGCAGAGAAUAAAAUUGUGCAUCACAA